AUGUCGAUGAAUAUCUUUGGUGCAGAGGCCACGGAGGAGAAGGCAGAAAAUGCACGACUCUCCUCCUUCGUCGGAGCCCUCGCUCUUGGCGACCUCGUCAAAUCGACAUUGGGACCCAAGGGGAUGAAUAAAAUCUUGCAAUCUGCUUCUACUGGAGACAUCAAUGUAACAAAUGAUGGCGCAACCAUCCUAAAGGGAAUACAGCUCGAUAAUGCCGCGGCUAAGAUUUUGGUCAAUAUCUCCAAGGUACAGGACGAUGAGGUCGGAGAUGGAACAACGAGCGUGUGCGUGCUUGCGGCAGAACUGCUCAGGGAGGCCGAGAAGUUAAUCGCGAUGAAAAUCCAUCCUCAAACUAUCGUGGAGGGAUAUCGAAUCGCCAGUGCAGCUGCAUUGAAGGCAUUGGAGAAGGCCGCUGUUGACCACAGUGCCGAGCCAGUGCAGUUUCGUCAGGAUCUCUUCAACAUUGCGAGGACCACGCUGUCGUCAAAAGUCCUUUCUCAAGAUAAGGAUUAUUUCGCGAAUCUUGCCGUAGAUGCUGUUCUCAGAUUGAAGGGCUCUACCGAUCUCGACCACAUUCAAAUCAUCAAAAAGGUUGGAGAAAAACUCACGGAUUCCUAUCUCGAUGAAGGCUUUAUUCUGGACAAAACGAUCGGUAUCAAUUGUCCGAAACGUCUGGAAAAUGCGAAGAUUCUCAUCGCAAACACUUCCAUGGACACGGACAAGAUCAAAAUUUUUGGUGCUCGUGUGAAGGUAGAUGGCACAGGGAAGCUCGCCGAGCUUGAGCGUGCGGAACGAGAAAAGAUGAAAGCGAAAGUCGAUGACAUCGCUUCACAUGGUAUUAACUGCUUCGUAAAUCGUCAAUUGAUCUACAACUAUCCCGAGUCAUUGCUCUCCGAGAAGGGAAUCGUGACCAUUGAGCACGCUGACUUCGAGGGCGUGGAGCGGCUGUCACUGGUCACUGGAGGGGAAAUCGCGAGCACAUUUGAACGACCAGACUUGGUGAAACUCGGGCGAUGUGAUCUUAUUGAAGAGAUCAUGAUCGGUGAAGACAAGUUGAUUAAAUUCUCUGGUGUCGCUGCGGGUGAGGCAUGUACCGUUGUCUUGCGGGGAUCAACGUCCCAGAUGGUGGACGAAGCAGAGCGAUCAUUGCACGACGCCUUAUCUGUGCUAUCUCAAACAGUGAAGGAGACUCGGGUGGUCCUAGGAGGCGGUUGCUCUGAGAUGCUGAUGAGUUGUGCUGUGGAAGAAGAGGCACGCAAAAUUACGGGGAAGAAGGCUAUUGCAUCAGAGGCCUUCGGUAGGGCACUGAGACAAAUACCAACCAUCCUAGCCGACAACGCAGGAUACGAUUCCUCCGACCUUGUAUCUAAGCUCAGGGCAGCACAUUAUGAAGGCCAGUUUGAUGCUGGGCUUGAUAUGAACGAAGGGAAGGUCGGGUCUAUGAAAAAACUCGGCAUUACAGAAAGCUACAAGCUAAAACGCCAAGUUGUUCUCAGUGCCAGUGAAGCGGCCGAGAUGAUCCUACGCGUGGACGAUAUUUUGCGGGCGACACCAAGAAGGCGGGAGGCAGUAUAG